GGAGCGCGCACGACGAUCCCGGAAGUGGAGGACUACGGUCGCGGUCUAGUGAGGCGGCGGGUCGGGGCCGCUCGGGAAGGAAAAGGGUUCGCGGGGCUGCGGUGGCGGCUGCCACCCCCUAGCCCGUUCGGCGGCCAUGACGAACUUCAUCUCGGUGCAGCUGAAGAAGGCGUCGGAGGUGGACUUGGCCAAGCCGCUGUGCAAGUUCAUCCAGCAGAGCUACCCGGGCGGCGACGCGCAGGCCGAGCACUGCCGCGCCGCCGAGGAGCUCAGCAAGCUCCGCAAGAGCGCGCUCGGCCGCCCGCUCGACAAGCACGAGAGCGCGCUCGAGACCCUCCUCAGAUACUAUGAUCAACUGUGUUCAAUUGAACCAAAGUUUCCAUUCUCUGAAAAUCAGGUCUGUGUAACAUUUACAUGGAAAGAUGCUUUUGACAAAGGAUCACUUUUUGGAGGAUCUGCCAAAUUGGCUCUGGCAAGUCUGGGGUAUGAGAAGACCUGUGUUUUGUUCAACUGUGGAGCACUGGCAAGCCAGAUUGCAGCAGAACAGAAUCUGGAUAAUGAUGAAGGACUGAAAGCUGCAGCUAAGCACUAUCAGUUUGCGAGUGGUGCUUUCCAACACAUCAAAGACACAGUUUUGUCAGCCUUGAGUCGAGAACCUACGGUGGACAUCUCUCCAGAUACAGUUGGAACUCUCAGUCUUAUUAUGUUGGCUCAAGCCCAAGAAGUCUUUUUUUUGAAAGCUACAAGAGAUAAAAUGAAAGAUGGUAUCAUAGCUAAACUAGCUAAUCAAGCUGCAGAUUACUAUGGUGAUGCUUACAAACAGUGUCAAUAUAAAGAUACUUUGCCCAAGUAUUUUUAUUUCCAGGAGGUGUUUCCUGUUCUGGCUGCAAAGCACUGCAUUAUGCAGGCCAAUGCAGAAUAUCAUCAAUCUAUCCUGGCAAAACAGCAGAAGAAAUUUGGCGAAGAAAUUGGGAGGCUACAGCAUGCAGCAGACUUGGUGAAGACAGUGGCAUCUCGUUAUGAUGAAUAUAUAAAUGUUAAAGAUCUGGUUGACAAGAUCAACCGUGCACUUACAGCUGCCAAAAAAGACAAUGACUUCAUUUACCAUGACCGGGUUCCUGACCUGAAAGAUUUGGAGUCCAUUGGAAAAGCCACUCUUGUGAAGUCUACUCCAGUUGUUGUUCCCCUCAGUCAGAAAUUCACGGACCUGUUUGAGAAGAUGGUUCCCUUGCAAGUUCAGCAAUCUGUGAGUGUGUAUAACCAGAGAAAGGCAGAUCUUGUGAACAGGUUAAUAGCCCAGAUGAGAGAAGCCACAAAUCUGGCAAAUGGUGUGUUGGCUUCCCUCAAUCUUCCUGCUGCUAUUGAAGAUGUGUCUGGUGAUACUGUUCCUCAGUCUAUUUUGAACAAGUCUAAGUCCGUGAUUGAACAGGGAGGAAUUCAGACCAUUGAUCAGCUGAUCAAAGAUCUGCCUGAACUGCUACAAAGGAACAAAGAAAUUUUAGAUGAAUCACUAAGAUUAUUAGAUGAAGAAGAAACUACAGACAAUGACUUGCGAACAAAGUUCAAAGAACGCUGGCAGAGAACACCAUCCAGUGAACUCUAUAAGCCUUUAAGGGCAGAGGGAGCCAAUUACCAUAAUAUUUUGAAUAAAGCUGUGCAAGCAGAUGGCCAAGUCAAAGAGCGCUAUCAGUCUCACCGGGAUACAAUUGCGCUUCUGUGUAAGCCGGAGUCAGAACUCAACGCAGCUAUUCCUUCAGCCAACCCAGCAAAAACAUUACAAGGAAGUGAGGUUGUUAAUGUCCUAAGAACAUUGCUGGCCAACCUGGAUGAAGUUAAGAAGGAGAGAGAACAACUGGAAAAUGACCUGAAAUCUGUAAAUUUUGACAUGACAAGCAAAUUCUUGACUGCACUUGCGCAGGAUGGUGCUAUAAAUGAGGAGGCUAUCUCUGUGACUGAGUUGGACAGAAUUUAUGGAAGUUACACACAGAAAGUGCAAGAGUCCUUGAAAAAGCAGGAAGAACUUCUCAAGAACAUUCAGAAUGCACAUCAGGAUUUUUCAAAGAUGAAACAAUCAAGCAAUGAAUCUAAUUUAAGAGAAGAAGUUUUGAAGAACUUAGCGGUAGCAAAUGACAACUUUGUGGAACUCGUAGCCAAUUUAAAAGAAGGCACAAAGUUUUACAAUGAGCUGACAGAAAUCCUGCUGAAAUUCCAAAACAAAUGCAGUGACAUUGUCUUUGCUCGCAAGACUGAAAGAGAUGAACUGCUCAAAGAUUUGCAGCAAAGCAUUGCUAAAGAACCCAGUGCUCCCUCUAUUCCUCUGCCUACAUAUCAGACCACAUCAGCUGGAGGAACUAAGCCUGCUGCAUCGUCGACUCCUACUCCAGCACCCAGAACCAUGGUGGGGACUAAACCACAGCCACCAGCACGGCCACCACCACCGGUGAUUUCUGCAGCAAGUAGUUCCUCUUCUGCAUCUGCACCCACAGGAACAGCUACAGCUCCUGCUGUGGCUCCUGCUGCAGCUCCUGCUGCAGCUCCUGCUCCAGGAGCCAGUGCACCUGCAGCAAGCACUGCACCUUCACAGGCACAGGGACCUCCUUACCCAACUUAUCCAGCUUACCCAGGGUAUUGCCAGAUGCCAAUGCCAAUGGGCUAUAAUCCAUACAUGUAUGGUCAGUAUAAUCUGCCAUAUGCACCCUCACCUGUGUAUCAAAACCCUGGACAAGCACCAUAUCUGCCACCUCAACAACCCGGAUACCCUUUUCCUCAACAGCCUUAUUACUCUCAGCAAUAAUGUGUCUGCAGAGAAGUUCUGCUUGCAAAAAUUUGGGAGAAAUUGGCAAUAAGCAUACUAAAACUUCUAGCUUCAGUUAAUGUACCAUACUGAACUGUAUGCAGUCUGUAACUCCUGUUUCUGUUAACUGCUCAAAAAUGUCUAGAUCAGGUUUUGAUUACACUAAACACUUUGAAAGGCCUGCUGCAGUGGUCUAGACUGUAGACUAAUGCCAGAGUUAGAGCCUAAUUGAGUGGUCUGAAACUGUACACUACAUGUUGUCUAGACCAAAAUAUUUCCUUGCAAAAAUCCUAUGAGUAACAAAUGGGUUCACAUGAGAAAAAAUGAAGCAGUGCGUGCACUGGGUGUGAUAUAUUCUAUGGAACCAUAUAGCUUUUCCUUCUAUACUCUGUUGGUUUGUAUUUUGGGGGGUUUAGUUAAAAUAUGCUAUUUUGUCUAAUAAUCAAGGCUUUCUAAAUCAUAAUUUACUUUUGGAUCCACCUUCUCAAGGGAUUAAUAACCUUGCACUACAUUUUGCAUUAGGUAGUGAAGAAUGCAAGUUUGUGGUUAAUGGCUUCUACCAAAUAUUUACUAACCGUCUUUCAGUUUUUGGGUUUUUUUUUUUUUUUUCAAAUGCACUUGUCUAGUGAGGGACUCAGCGUUCCUUUAGCCCUUGACAUGAGUUACUUGGUUCAGUGAGACAGUUAAUUUCCUGAGUCCUUUCAUACAAGGUGUUCUGGCUUUACAGAAUAGCUAUCACAAUACCUAUGUUUAAUGUUACUGCUUUGUUUUUCUAUUUAAGUGCCUGAUUAAAAUAUUGAGGUAUAUUUUAAUGUAGGGGUUUAGAGGGUGCCGGUUACUGUAGCAUUUGAGUGGAAACUUCACUGGAUCUUGAAUACUCUUCCUCAUAAAGAAAGCAGCAUGUGUAUCCAUGUGAGCUCCUUUCUCUCUGUCUCAAGUUCUUCUUGCUGUGUGAUCACUGAUUACUUUGUGAAGACUCCUUGUCUUUAAUGCUCCCUGACCCCAUUAGAAAAUGCAGAUCAAAAGGUAAAAAUAAGCAUCUCUCCUAGGACAGGAGUACCUAAUUCUAAGCAAAUUUAUUAACGUUGUAGAAGCUAUGUUAUGUGGGGGAACAGGAUGAAGUAGGGGAAUACAGCACCAUAGGUACAACCAUGUGCAAGGACAAGUGCUUUCCAUUUCUUUAUAAACAUUGCUGAAUGGGGUGGCACAGGAACCUCUGCAAUUUUUUCCCCCUGAUAAUAAUAUUAAAGAGGCAAGUGAAGACAAUGAGAAAAAGCUAGGAAGGUGGUAACUGUUUGGAACCAACAGCCAGAACCUGAUUUUACUCUAACUGGAAAAACAGUAGUUUUCCACUAAUUUCACUGUGUCGAUGUGAGCAAGUGCAAGUCUAAUGCAACCUCUUAAGUUCUAAACUUCUAGUACACUAUGGCCUGUAGAUUUUUCAGUUUGCACAUUAGAUGCAUUUGAGCUAUUGUGUAAGUAAGUUUGUUUCUAGUGCCUCAAUUCACAAAACCUGUUUUAAUGCUGUGUAAAAAAAAAAAAAAAAGUAACUCAUUCAGCAUAAAGAUUCCUAGAACUGAGAAUUCCUUUUUAAAAUUUUGUAGAUCUGGGAAUCACUGUUAAAACUUUUUCCCCAGUUGUGUUACUGCUUGAUUUAGUCUGCUAUUAUUUGGAUAUGUAUAGAAAUCUAUGCAUUAUGUUCAGCUUUCACAUGACCAUUUUUCUUUUUUUUAUUCUAAAGAGAAAAGAAAAAUCCAGACACGUGUAUGUAUCUACUUCUAAGCAUGCAGCUGUCAUGACUUGGAUUGAAAUGUUACCUUGUUCUUCUCUAGUUUAUUAAAAAAAAAAUCAGUUAGAAAACCUGAUUUCAUGGCUUUUCUCUUGAGUCUUUGGCUUCAGACAAGUGUUACCUUGGAAAGGAUGGAAAUAAGUUGUGGGCCCUCAAGUAAGUUUGUGCUGUGGUGAAGGCACUCAGUCUAUCAGCUACAGCAUGAAACGGUAGCCUGUGUAUGCGCAGGUGCUUUACGGUGCAGCUGCUGCUCUGUGAUUACAACUGUGCUUAAAUCCUGGUAGUUGUGUUCAUUUCCAAAACUGAUGGAGGGUGUUUCCCUUCGAUUACAUGAGGAGAAAAUGGUAAGGUCCUUCUGCCUUCAGAAACUUUGAUUCAAAGUUUGUUUUCGUGAGCUCAUGUUAGGCUGGAUUUCCUAUGACUCACAGCAGCACGGGUAUUCUGGGCAAGGCCAUUAAAGGCUUGUAAGGGCAGUUAACUUUUCCCAGUAGAUAAAUGGCUCCCAUUCUUCUUUAGAAAAAGACUGUGUGUAAUACCAUGCUUAUUGCAAUUGCUGUGUGGAGACAAAAGUUUACAAUCGUGUCCUUUCAGAGACUUUGAAGUCAAGCAUUUAUUUUGUCUUGCCUAAAAGCUUUCAGUGCAUUUAACGAGAAAAGCAGGUCUUAUGAAGCAAACUAAUUACGGAUCGUCGGUGAAAUACCAAACUAUUGCAGAGCUAGUCAGUGUUUCCUCAGUUUUUCUUUUUAAUGUGGUUUCAGCGCAUAUGAAAGUGUCUGGUUUCCUGACCACUAAUUUGAUAUUGUCAGCUAAUGAUGGUUCUUACCGUUGUCCUGAAUACGAUGUAGGAUUGCUUUGAUUUGCUUUUACAGCCAAUUUGUGGGAUCUAGUUUGAAUUACACCGAAUGUAAUUUCAAAGUACCUUGAGGCGGUAUUUGGACCUUGAUGUUCUGAAACAAUGUCACCCUUACCAGGUGGCUGAAAAUGGCAAGAAAAUUCUUCAGAAAGCAAAUUUUUUUUCUCUGAGUUACCUGAGAUGUACUUGUUUGUUACUGAAAGUGUUCGGUUCUGAAGUGACUUGCAGCUCAGAACCUGUUUUCUGGCACGUAUUUAUCCUGACAGACCAUUAAAAUAAACUAAGCUGAGUGAUUGUGUUUUUAAGUUUUGGUUGUAUGCGACUGGAUGAAGCUACCUACCUGAAUUUUCAAGACUUUGCUAUGUUUAGUUUAAAAUAAACUAUUUUGAAAGCUCUA